CGGACGUCAUGGCAGCCCCCGCAGGCGGGGCUGAGGGGAGGCGGUGCCCGCCCGGUGCCGCCCCUUCACUCGCUCGUUCUGCAGCUGGGCCCCACCGCUCCUCCGAGACCAUGGCACUGAAGCAGGUUUCUAGCAAUAAAUGCUUCGAGGGUUUCCAGAAGGUGUUCGAACAUGACAGUACAGAGCUAAAAUGCAAAAUGAAAUUUGGAAUCUACUUGCCUCCAAAAGCAGAAACUGGGAAGUGUCCUGUGCUGUAUUGGCUCUCAGGGUUAACUUGUACAGAACAGAACUUUAUAACAAAAGCUGGUUUUCAGCAAGCUGCUGCUGAACAUGGCCUGAUUGUAGUUGCACCAGACACGAGCCCACGUGGCUGCAAUAUUGAAGGAGAAGAUGAAAGCUGGGAUUUUGGCACCGGUGCUGGUUUUUAUGUGGAUGCCACUGAAGAACCUUGGAAAACAAACUAUAGGAUGUACUCUUACAUAAAGGAUGAGUUGCCUAAACUAAUAAAUGCCAAUUUCCCAACUGACCCGGAACGGAUGUCUAUUUUUGGGCAUUCCAUGGGAGGUCAUGGAGCUCUUAUUCUUGCUCUGAAGAAUCCUGGAAAGUACAAAUCUGUAUCGGCUUUUGCUCCUAUCUGCAACCCUAUUCAGUGUCAGUGGGGGAAGAAAGCCUUUGGCGGAUAUCUGGGAUCGGAUGCAAGCAAAUGGGAGGCAUACGAUGCUACGCAACUUGUGAAGUCCUAUCCAGACUCUCACCUGGACAUCCUGAUCGACCAAGGCAAAGACGACCAGUUCCUGUCAGCGGGCCAGCUACUGCCGGACAACUUCAUUGCCGCCUGCACCGAGAGGAAAAUCCCGGUGGUCUUCAGACUGCAGCAGGGUUAUGAUCACAGCUAUUUUUUCAUUGCUACAUUUAUUAAUGACCACAUCAAGCACCAUGCAAAAUACCUUAAUGCUUGAAUUACUUGGAUGGAAGUGUCAUCUGUCCGGUGUGAAUCCUGAGGUACAGGUGAACACAACAAAAAUCAUUUGCUGAAGUAGCAUCUGUAAAAUGGAGCUCUUCUGAUUGUACUGCUAAUACAAUAAAGUCUCACUUAAUUUGA